GACAUAAAGGAACAAAUCAACUACUUCGUUUGAUUUCGGGGACGUUCGCGCUUCGCUAGCCUCGUCAUUUUGAACACCUAUCCAUUGUUGACAUAUGCGGCAAAAUAUUAGGUAAGAUAGGCUCGAGCUCGAGACCGCUAUUUCUUUUUAUAGUUUCAUGCUCAUCAAAAUUUUUAAUUUGUUUGUAAAGGCUGCUGGUCGCUAUUCUGCUCUAUGAGCAACUGAUAUAUCGAUUUCUCGUAAUGCCUGCUCAAGCACUAUUUACCAGUUUCCUGCCGCUGCAGCUUAAAACUAUGGCAAGUUUGAGGAAUGGUCUCAAUUGUGGGAGACUGAUAAGACCCCAUCUUCAACCAAAGAGCAUAACUACUUUUGCAUCAAGUCAAUCAAAGAUAAAGGAUGUCACAGAGUCAGCAGAAGGUGAUAAUUCAAGAGAAAAGCCUGAGCCAUCUGCACAAGACACCAGCCAGAAGAUGGUGCGUGCACAGUACAUUGACAAGAAGUCACUAGUCUGGGAUAAGCGCUACAAGUCUGUCGAAGACGUACCCGAGAUGCUGCCCUACCAGACGAUCGUACAGGCGCGCAACCGGUUCCGCAUCCGCGCCAACCUGGUCAUGAUCGGCCUGACGGUGAUGGCCGCCCUCGCCAUGGUCUACACGGGCAAGGAGCGCGCCAGGGCCGGCGACACGGUGGAGAAGCGCACCCUGGAGCGCCACCGCCAGCUGCGCGCGCAAAAGGCCGAGGAGGAUCGAGCGGCGCAGGCCGCCGCCACCUCUGCGGACAAGUAGGCCGUGCGGCGGUCUUCGGCUGUGGCUCGUAGAGCGCGGGCGUUUGGUUUGGUUUGUAUGCUGACAGUAAGACGGUGACGCUGGCCGAUUUGUUCGUAUGUCAUGAGGUGGGGGUGAUGAACGAGUGCAAAGUCACCUUAUACUCGCCAUGUUUGCUGGUGCCUAUUUUAGCUGUGCAGGAGACGUCCGGCAGGGGAGGCGUGUUGCGAAUGUUGACUUGAUCAGGGACUAUUUCACGCAGUGCAGACUUCCGAGAGUUUUAGUUCUUCUUGCAUUACUGUGGGGCAUUGUCAUGCCGCCAGUUUGUACCCAGAUGAGGCAUGGCUUGAGCUCGAUACGAACUCAAUGGUUAAACACAGGUCUAGCUUCAGUCGACGAUUGCGCGUAAUACGCGAUUGUGAUGGCCAUGUUUUUAUGGUAGUUUUGUGAUGUUCCCGUUUGUAUUUAAUUGUGCUAAAAUCGUGUGACUGCUGCUUUCCAUGCGAGAUGAUUGACAAAUGUGCGUGUAAGAUGCAUUGAAAAUAGAUCAGUCUUCAAAGAGGUAAA